GAAGAGAACGAGGUUAUCGCAGAAUCCCUUCAGCAGGGACUGCGCUCGCCAGGACGUGCAUGGCUGGUUGCGUGACUUCAGAAUUGGGAUGUUUGAUUUGAAUCAAACAUUGAAUAUUUAACAGCCGAGUUUUUCCUGCGCAAAACAGAACGGGCCAGUUCUCCAAAGGGGUUGCUUUGCAAAGUCGCUCUCCACGCCAGGGAGUGGUACUGGGGUGAUUGCUGGUUACAGUGGACGCUGAGAGAAGAAAUAAAUCAGAAUGAGUUACGCAGAAAAACCCGAUGAAAUCACAAAAGAUGAGUGGAUGGAGAAACUCAAUAACUUACAUGUGCAGCGAGCAGACAUGAACCGUCUCAUCAUGAACUACCUGGUCACAGAGGGCUUUAAGGAGGCAGCAGAAAAGUUUCGAAUGGAAUCCGGGAUCGAACCUAGUGUGGAUCUAGAAACACUUGACGAGCGAAUCAAAAUCCGUGAGAUGAUCCUGAAAGGCCAGAUUCAGGAGGCUAUUGCGUUGAUCAACAGCCUCCAUCCAGAACUCCUGGACACGAACCGGUAUCUGUACUUCCACCUGCAACAACAGCACCUGAUCGAGCUGAUCCGCCAGCGUGAGACAGAGGCGGCGCUGGAGUUCGCCCAGACCCAGUUGGCGGAGCAAGGCGAGGAGAGCAGAGAGUGCCUGACAGAAAUGGAGCGCACGCUGGCCCUGCUGGCCUUCGAUAACCCUGAAGAGUCACCCUUCGGAGACCUCCUGAAUAUGAUGCAGAGACAGAAGGUGUGGAGUGAAGUUAACCAGGCUGUUCUAGAUUAUGAAAAUCGUGAGUCAACACCCAAGCUGGCAAAAUUACUGAAACUACUCCUUUGGGCUCAGAAUGAGCUGGACCAGAAGAAAGUAAAAUAUCCCAAAAUGACAGACCUCAGCAAAGGUGUGAUUGAGGAGCCCAAGUAGAGUCUGUGUGGUGGACGCCGCGCCUCACCCAGCGGGCUCGUUGGCCCGUCUGCGACUAAAAGAUUUUUACUGCAGUAGAGAACUCUUUCCCCCUCUUACUUUUUUUUGACCCGGCAUCUUUUUUAAAGGGAAAAAUGGCCUUUUGAAGCGCUGGAAGACUCGCAGUGGAAGACACUGUCUCUGGCAGUCUGAUCCGCCUCUGCCUGCGGCGCGUCUGGAGGUGCCAGUGGCUGGCACUGUGCUCCUGGCACGGUGUGGUGGCUGCUGAAGGGUUCCUUUGCGUCGAGAGCUGAGUUCCUGGGGACUGCGGCUACACUCGGGCUCCACCAAGUACACGAGCAGCACUGGCGGUCCCUCUGCUCUCUGCGGGCACGUGGGCAACAGCACGUGUCCUCACUUCUCUGAGUCUCCUCAGGCCCUCACGUGGGAGUUUCUCCUUACCCCCUUGGUUUUUGCUUUUUCAUAGGAAAGACUAUAUAAAUUUGUAAAUCCUAAUUCAGACACUUGUUUUGUGUGAUGGUAUUGAGUUUGAUGUGUUUUCCCUUUUGGUCUGCGUUGUGUGGCUUUUGGGGAGGUGUGUGUGUGAGGGCGGGCUGUGUGUUUUUUAAUUUUUUAAAUAUAUAUUUUGGUGCUGUACGUGGUGAGAGACUUUCCUAGUGGAUCAAUGAACCAUCUCUUCUAGGCAGUUUUGAUGAAAAUAAAGGUUUCUCUUUGAUUUCAAGAAUGACCAAAAUGGCCUCUGAAAAGUUUCAGUCGUCUCAAACAGACCUCUUGUUUUGGGGGCUGACUUCCCUGUUGUGCUGGCACUCACAUUGGUGCCUGCAGCUGGAGGGCACUUUGCCAGCCCUGUAUGCCUGGAGUGGACUUCCAAGAGGGAGGGGGGCCAGUGCUGAUGGCUGUGUGCCUUGGUGUGGUGGAGUCCUUGGCUGGGAGUACGUGGUCAGCCUCAGGUGACCCCUGCCCAGUGGGGAGCUUGGAAGUGGCAGCCAGUGAGACCGAGUGCCCUUGUAAUUCGGGGUGCAAACGUGUGUUUGAAUUCAUGGCAGAGUGUCACUGGGCGAUGGUGCUAGGACUUGAUUUUGUGGAUCUUUACAGAACCACUAACCCCUCGGGACGAGUCCUGAGAUGGUGAUGACAGUGUCCAAGAGCAUGGAGCUCCUCUUGCCUCUGAGGGCUUCUGCACGUCCUCAGGUGGGGGCUUCCAGCUGCCAGGGCGGCUGUGACUCAGUUCUCCCUCGGCGGAUUCCUUGUGCUGGGGCAGGGUGUUCUGGUACCCAGAGCUUGGUGGAGAGAAAUGCCACUAGCAGCUGAAUUUGGAGGAGUCAGUUUGCUUUGACAAGCAAGGUUAGGCAGCUUGCGGCUACUCAUGUAGGUCAGGUGGCCCGCCUCUGAUUCCUGGGGCCGUCUUUGUCCAGUCCUCCCUGUACCCUGAGGCUCUAGCUUGCAGUGUCUGUGGUGCGGCUGUCCUCUGCCUGCACUGGGGGUCUAUGAGGGCGCUGCUGUUCAUGGGCAGGAGCUGUGGGCAGCAUUUACCUUCCCCAGGUGGUGGCUGUCAUUCGGUCACAGCAACCUGGUGAACUGCUGUGGCACCUGCCGACCACCGUGGCCUCCAGACUUCCCCUUCGUGCUGCCCGGUUCAUAUGGGGAAGGUGAAGGGGGUCCUCCCCUUAUCCCAGAAGUGGUGUGUUUCAACUGUCUCCCUAGUCGUCUUCAGAUGUGACCUUUUUUUAGCAUCAUUUCCUCUGAGUUUUGAGGAUAAAAAUAAGUUAGAGGGAAAGAGAGUUUUAAUCUUCAGGUAACUAAUAGUUAAAUAUAGCAGAAGCUGGAAGAAGAACCUUAGGAGAGAGGUAGAGAUACUUUGAAAAGCACCAGAUAAUUCAGCAUGUUCCUACUUCUCUUGUAUGGUGAGUGUGCAUAAGACCAUUUACCUGCAUAACCAAUAUGCGAUCAAUUGGACGUAUUCUCCAAAUUAGAGGGUGUGAGGGGUGUAGUAAUGGGGAGCCCAGCUGGCAGGAGUUAUCCACAGACUCCCGGCACCUGGGUGGGUUUUGUCGUGUGCAUGACAUGUCAGGAAGUGGCGGUAAGACUCGGCGUUGGUGUUUCCUUUCCCGGUUCAGUGAGUAGCUUCGUAGCCAGUGCUGAAAACCAGCGUGAGCUUGGUGUUGGUGGACUCGAAGGAUUCAGCUGUUAUUCUUUUCUUCACUCUGGUUUAAGAGGUUUAGUUACUUUUCCAAGGAUCUGUUAGUGGACUAGAAAUUUCCUCCAAAGGGAGUGGCUUUUCAGACUUUUCCUUUUUGCCACCUUUUUGCAGUCUCUGUUUUUUCAGCAAGCAAGCUAAAGCCAUUUCGAGAUAAUGAACAUUAUGUAUAAUUUGAUUUUUCUGCUUCGUCUCAUUUGGAUUUCGCUGUUGUUUAUUAAAAUGUAAUGUGUUACAGAGGUAGUUUAUUUCUUCUUUUUACGCUUUCUUGUGGAAAGUGCCUUGAAAUAAAUAAAAUCUGAGAAUAUUCUGGUACUCUAUGUUCCUGUUAUCAUGAAGUUGUGUGAGGAGUAACCCCUUGUUUGGAAUCUCUCUGAAGUAUAGGGAUUGUUGCAAAGCAAAUGAGAACUGUUGUAUUUUGCCGUUUGAAUUAAGGUUUCCAGGUUCUAGAAAAGGCACGUGCUUCUUGGGUCUGGUAUUUGAGAUGAAAGCCUCCCCGCACGUGACUGAAGACCCGUGAGCGAGAGACACGGAGGCCAUUCCUUUCGUCCAGUCAAGACGCGCUCUGAAGACGUGUGGAGAAAACAGGUUGAGGACACUUUUUCUAAGGCCGUGUGAUGUCUUUACUUUCCUGUUUCUGUACACUAUUAGCUUUGGGGGGUGGCGGAACCAGGGGUGUCAGAAAGAAUCGUACACAUUUUAUGUUAAAGACAAUGACGUCUUCGGGAUAAUGGAGCAGGACUCCCUUCCGGGUUGUUACCGUCAAUCUCAUUAUGAACAAAAGACCAGAGUAAAAGCGUCAGGUGAAUGCAGUGGUCUGUCUGCUUUUCUGCCGACCGAAGACAUCCAGUCGGACGUAGUAGGACGCCAUGUCCUCCUCAGCCUGGAGAAGUGCGGCUCUGACGUGUUUCACUGACACCACGAGUGUUGUCUUUUACAACGGGUAUAUUUUUAUUUCAGAAGUAUGUACUGCUUUUUUGGAUUUGUAGUAAGUUGUACUGUCAGCAUCAGUCCUGUGAAAUCCUGUAUGGGACCGUCACCUGCUGUAGUCCCUUUGUACUCCUCUGAUUCUGUAGCCCUGCUUUAUUCCUGUGGGGCAGAUAUGCACUGCCCCCACCAGCAUCUUUUGAAAAAUGCAAAAUGGGUUGCUUUUGCUGCCUGUUCUUAAUUUCAUAGUAAAAGUUUUCACAUUUUUCUCAGA